AUGCCGUUACCCCCACCCCCACCACCAACCACCCCUCCCAUCUCCUGGCCCCCAGCCUCCUUGCUCUUCACCCAAGAGCUCAGCUUCCAGCUCCUCAAACUGCUGCCGGGGCCCCACUGCCCAUUAGUGGAGAUCCCGGUGGGCUUAGGGGAACAGCUGGAGCAGAGGCCAGCCUCGGGUCGCUUUCCACAGGUUGACCAGGGAUUCCCAGGCUCUCCUGCGCUCCCCCCAGCACACCACACCCUGUUCUGGCGCCUGGCUGGCGAAUGGGUGCUGACCCAGCUGAUAGCCCCGAGCUGUCGCCUCACCAUGCUCAAGGGCUUGAGAUCCUGGCCUUCCCGCAGUGAAAAUGACAUUGCUGCUCGGAGAACAGAAGACACCUCAGUAAAAACAGAGGUACCAGAAAACAGCCUCCCCUGGGCCCAGCACCCCACCCAGCAUGGUCCAGGACCGUGGUGGGGGUGCUCCAGAGCACGGCUGCCGACCUGGUCUUUGGGGGCAGCCAUGACCCAGCCUCCACCCACCAAAGCACCAGCCAAGAAGCAUGUGCGACUGCAGGAGAGGCGAGGCUCCAAUGUGGCUCUGAUGCUGGAUGUGCGGUCCCUGGGAGCUGUAGAGCCCAUUUGCUCAGUGAACACACCCCGGGAGGUCACCCUACACUUUCUGCGCACAGCUGGACACCCCCUCACCCGCUGGGCCCUGCAGCACCAGCCACCCAGCCCCAAGCAGCUGGAAGAGGAAUUCCUGAUCCCCUCAAACUUUGUCAACUCUGAAGACCUGGAUAUUCCUGGCCACGCCUCCAAGGACCGAUAUAAGACCAUCUUGCCAAGUAAGAAGUGCGGCGGGCUUCAAGGGAGUGCAGGGAUUGGCCGGACUGGCUGCUUCAUCGCCACCCGAAUUGGCUGUCAACAGCUGAAGGCCCGAGGGGAAGUGGACAUUCUGGGUAUCGUGUGCCAACUGCGGCUGGACAGGGGUGGGAUGAUCCAGACCACAGAGCAAUACCAGUUCCUGCACCACACCCUGGCCCUGUAUGCAGCCCAGCUACCGGAGGAGCCCUGCCCCUGACCGCUGGUACCUCCACCAGCCCACGUGCCAGAUCCCCCCACGCCUGGGCAGGUGGUUCUGGGGA